AAAUCAGGGGGAAGUAGUGACGGGAGGGGUCUGAGGGUCCCGUCUUGUAAUAAUCCCACAAGCUAUAAUCUCCAGGGAGAGAGAACAGGGCUGACCGUAUACCACAGCCAGAGGACAGUAAUACACAGAGGCGGGACACGAGGAGGGCGGAGUAUCGGUCACAUGAAGAGGUCUUAUUCUGGAACACAUCUGGCAGAACGAAACAGUAACCGUGCUCGCAACAUGUCUGAGAAUGGGACACACGACCGUAUCCUGACGCGGGAGUCCAUGAAUCCCCGUAUCAAGAAGGUGGAGUACGCUGUGCGCGGACCCAUAGUCACCAGAGCGGUGGAGCUGGAGAAAGAGCUGGAACAGGGCGUAAAGAAGCCGUUUACAGAGGUGAUUAAAGCUAAUAUUGGAGAUGCCCACGCCAUGGGCCAGAAGCCAAUCACCUUCCUGAGACAGGUCACUGCCAUCUGUCUGUACCCUGAGCUUCUGAAUGACAACAAGUUUCCAGAUGACGUGAAGCAGAAGGCAUUGCGUAUCCUGCAGGCAUGCGGGGGCAAUAGCAUCG